CAUUUUUCCCUCACUAUAAAUACAAUCUCUUAAUCCCACUUCCUCUCCCAUCCAUUCAUACCCUUUUCCCCUUCUCAAACCCCCAAAAAUGGCUUCUAUUUCGUGUUCAUCACUGCCAUUGCUAGCAUUCUUCUUGCUAUUGGCUUCUUCAGCCUUUGCAGGGUCGAUUUUGGAAGGACUUCUAGCAAAUGGGAACUUUGAGGAACCACCAUUAAAAACUAACUUAAAGAAAACAGUAAUAGUAGGCAAAGACUCUCUACCAAGCUGGGAGAUCAAUGGCUUUGUUGAGUACAUCUCCGGCGGCCCUCAACCCGGAGGAAUGUUCUUCCCCGUUGCUCACGGCGUCCAUGCCGUAAGGCUCGGCAACGAAGCGUCGAUCUCUCAGAUCAUAAAAGUGAAAAAAGGGUCUCUUUAUGCUCUAACAUUUGGAGCUUCAAGAACAUGUGCACAAGAUGAAGUCUUGUCUGUGUUGGUACCUCCCCAGAAUGGAAGUUUGCCUCUGCAGACUCUUUACAGCAGCGAUGGAGGUGAUGUUUACGCCUUUGGAUUCGUAGCUUCGUCGGAUUCCGUUAAGGUGACGUUCCACAAUCCCGGAGUUCAGGAAGAUCCCGCUUGUGGACCUCUGUUGGACGCUGUUGCCAUCAAAGAGCUUAUUCGUCCAGUCCCAACAAGAGAUAACUUGGUUAGGAACCCGAGCUUCGAGGUUGGUCCUCAUCGGUUAGUAAACUCGACCAACGGAGUUCUUCUUCCACCAAGACAAGAAGACCUUACAUCUCCACUCCCAGGCUGGAUCAUAGAGUCACUCAAGGCUGUAAAGUUCAUUGAUUCAAAGCAUUUCAACGUUCCCGUUGGACUUGCAGCGGUCGAGCUCGUUGCAGGGAGAGAAAGCGCGGUGGCUCAAAUCAUCAGAACCAUCCCCAACAAGCUAUACUCGUUAACGUUCAAAGUCGGUGACGCCAAGAACGGAUGCCAUGGAUCAAUGAUGGUGGAAGCAUUUGCUGCUAAAGACACUCUCAAAGUUCCCUUCCAAUCGCAAGGAAAAGGGCUUUACAAAACUGCCAUUCUCAAGUUCAAAGCAAUCUCGCCUAGAACCAGAAUCACAUUCUUCAGUUCAUACUACCACACCAGAACAGACGACUUCGGAUCCCUUUGUGGCCCCGUGCUCGAUGACGUUCGUGUUGUUCCUACGUACUAGAGAUAUUGUUUCCAUGGCUGGUGCUACUGCGCCCCGGGUUUGGUAUCAAAAUACUCGUAGACGUUGCAACGGCUGCUUAAUGUAAUUAAAAACCUUUGAUGAGGAUAGAUGUGUUCUUGAACCAUUUGCAAUUAUGGAUUAGUUCAUAGUAUCCAUGAUCCUAGUUUGAAUGUGGCAUGUCACGGUCGCGUCAUGACACCCUUCUAUCUUAGCCCUCACGUGACUCGUUGAACACCAUUUGAGAGUCACGGCUUUACUUAUCGCAA